CGGCCGUGUCUCCACGCGUCACCCAAUCCAGCCAUCCGCCGGAACCCAGGUGCGCCACAGCUCGUGUUUCCCCAGCCGCGAGCUCUCUCCGGCCGAGCUCGCCCAAACGAAUGGCAGCCACAUCCGUCGCCUCCGCCCCGCGCCCGCUCCGCGCGACGCCGCGCCGGCAGCCCGGCGCGCCCUGCCACCACCACCACGCCGCGCCUCUCCACGCCCUCCGCAGGCCGCGCCUCGCCGUCUCGGCCUCAACCACCGACGAAGCCAGCGGCGCCUCCUCCUCCUCCUCGUCGCGGUUCUACUUCAACUUCACCGGCUUCCCCUUCCCGCUCGGCCCCUUCCUCAACCGCCGCACCACCCGCACCGAGGCGGUGAAGGGCAGCGUAUGGCUGUUCGAGCAGGAGCAGGCGCUGGGCUUCAGCAGUGUCUCCACCAACACCCGCAUGACCGUCGUCAAGCUGCGCUCCGGCGGGCUCUGGGUGCACGCCCCCAUCGCCCCCACCAAGGAAUGCAUCCAGCUGAUCAAGGAGCUGGGCGCGCCGGUGGAGCACAUCGUGCUGCCGACCUUCGCGUACGAGCACAAGAUCUUCCUCGGCCCCUUCUCCAGGAAGUUCCCCGGGGCGCAGGUGUGGGUGGCGCCGCGCCAGUGGAGCUGGCCCGUCAACCUGCCGCUCGAGUUCUUCGGGGUCUUCCGCUCCAAGCCCCUCGAGGACGAGGACGAUGCCACGCCCUGGGCCGCCGAGAUCGAGCAGAAGGUGCUCAGCUCGCCGGAAGUUGGCAUUGGGCCGUACGUGGAGGUGGCGUUCUACCAUAAGCCUUCCAGGACAUUGCUGGUGACGGAUGCUGUGAUUUUUGUUCCUCGGCAGCCGCCCGAUUGCAUCAGCAAAGAGUCCUUGUUGGCAGCUGCCAAGAACGGCUUGGCGGUGAAGAUACUAAGCAAAGGGAGAGAGGUUCCUGAUGAUCCUGUUGAGGACAACAAGCUGACCCGGCAGACAGGAUGGGAGAGGAUGGUACUUCAAAUACUGUUUCUUGGCCCCUCAAAUCUUCUGGAACCGAACGCGAGCUUCGCCCAAAUGUCACAGAAACUGAUCGUUUCACCAAUCGUGAAGACGCUCGUUUUCAGCAAAGUUCCAGAAAAGGUGAGGGACUGGGUGGACAGGAUCGCCGCAGACUGGCCCUUCCGGCGGAUCAUCCCGGCGCACUUCGCUGCCCCGAUCAACGCGAGCCGGUCCGAUUUCCUGGCCGCCUUCGCCUUCCUCGACGAGUUCCUCCCGGACCGCCCCGCCGCGUCGCCCAGCCUGUCCCUCAUGUUUGCCUCGCUCAUGGGCAAGGCGGCCAGCUACUUCCCGCCGGACGACAUGAAGACGCUCUCCUCGCUCGACGACUUCCUGGUCUCCGUUGGGGCAGUCAAGAAGACCGUCUCCGGAAGAAAGCGAUGAGACAUGCCAGAGAAACCGCUGCACUGUCCAUAGUUUUGUCACAAAGAAAAACGUCACUGGUUACACCAGUUGCUGCUGUAAAUGAUCAAGUUUAUCCACAUUGCUGCAGAAUGCGUGUAUAGAGUUAGUUACAUACGUA